CUUUCAUCAUCUUUCUUCGUUUUUUUUAAAUAUUUUGUUGUAUUACUUAUGAUACGUUCGGUAUAUUAUCAAUACCAACUUAAAUCCUGAAACAAAAUUAAAAUUCUAAAAGUGUAUGCUAAAGGAAAUUUAAUAAUUUGUUUUAAUAAAUUAUUAUUUUUGAAAAUUUUCUAAUUGAGUGGGAAAUUUUUUUUUAUUCAACAACGACAAUAAUCUAGGACAGAUGGAGACGUAAAAUGUGAGAGGUGCAUUGCUAGAGAGUCCAUUGGCAGUUUUAUGUUGGAAGGGAAACGGAAAGCAUCGAGAGCCGCUUAAGGCCAGCUGUACAGGCUGUUUGCCGUUUUUUUUUCUCAACUUCGACGUCUUUAAACUUCUUAACAAACAACCGCGUCGUCAAAACGGAAGUAACACACUAAUUAACCCAAAAAACAGAGAAAAAGACAAAAACAAUCACAACUUAAUAAUCAUGGCUAGAGGUCAACAAAAACUCCAGUCUCAAGCCAAAGCAGCUGAGAGAUCUGCCAAAAUGAAGAAGCAACAGGGACACUCUGCCACUGAUCAGAAAAAAGCAGCUCAAAAGGCGCUCGUACACGUUUGCGUCGUUUGCAAGGCUCAAAUGCCAGAUCCCAAAACAUACAAACAACACUUUGAGAAUAAACAUCCUAAGAAUGAAGUGCCUGCGGAGCUGAAGGUCGUCUAAAAAAACGCGAUCGCGAGGUAAAAAAACACUUAAAAAAUAAUAAAAAAAAAAGAAUAAAGUAAACGGGCGCUCUCCCCCGAACUAACAAUAACAAUUAAUUAAAAUACUUUCAAUUUAAGUUUACGUUCGUUCGACUACCGGUUUUUAAUAAAACGUUUGUACUCCUUUUUUAUACAGAAAAAUACAAAGAAUAACUAAUUGCUAAGGGUUGAAACUGCCCAAAGCUCCCCAGCCCCCCGUCAAAAAUGGGAACCAUAUCAUUCGCGUCGCGUCAUGUUCGCUUUUCUGAUCGGUUGGACUUUUGUAACUUGUAAAUUCUAUUUUUAGUUCACUGUUGAUUAAAAAGAAAAUAAAAAUCAAUAAAACGUGUUAAAUUCA